UGGCCUCUCCAGGGCCGCGGCCUGCCCUGGCUCUGCCCGCGGCCUGCCUGGAGCUGGACCGGAGCGGUUUGGGACUCCGAGGCCGGGAGGACACCAUGAAAAUUUGGUUCCCACUGAUGCAAAGGAAAACAUUUUAAACCCCAAACUGAUCAAUCCUGGACAUUUAAAGGAAUUUUCCCCCUUUUUUAAUUUAAGCAAAGAGGCUUAAAAAAGAAAACAUGGCAGAUGUGGAUCCAGACACAUUGCUGGAAUGGUUACAGAUGGGACAGGGAGAUGAAAGGGACAUGCAACUAAUAGCACUUGAACAGCUAUGCAUGCUACUUCUGAUGUCUGACAACGUGGAUCGAUGUUUUGAAACAUGUCCUCCUCGCACUUUCUUACCAGCCCUCUGCAAAAUUUUUCUUGACGAAAGUGCUCCAGACAAUGUGUUGGAGGUAACAGCCCGUGCUAUAACAUACUACCUGGAUGUAUCUGCAGAAUGCACCCGAAGAAUUGUUGGGGUCGAUGGAGCUAUAAAAGCACUUUGUAAUCGUUUGGUUGUGGUAGAACUUAACAACAGGACUAGCAGAGACUUAGCUGAACAAUGUGUAAAGGUGCUGGAACUGAUAUGCACUCGUGAGUCAGGAGCGGUCUUCGAGGCUGGUGGUUUGAAUUGUGUGCUUACCUUCAUUCGUGACAGUGGACACCUGGUUCAUAAAGAUACCUUGCACUCCGCCAUGGCUGUUGUAUCAAGACUCUGUGGCAAAAUGGAACCUCAAGAUUCUUCUUUAGAAAUUUGUGUGGAAUCUCUGUCUAGUUUAUUAAAACAUGAAGAUCACCAGGUUUCGGAUGGAGCUCUGCGAUGUUUUGCAUCACUAGCUGACCGAUUCACCCGUCGUGGUGUUGACCCAGCUCCAUUAGCCAAACAUGGAUUAACUGAAGAGCUCUUAUCUCGAAUGGCUGCUGCUGGUGGUACCAUAUCAGGGCCAUCAUCAGCUUGCAAACCAGGUCGCAGCACCACAGGUGCGCCUUCCACAGCUGCAGAUUCCAAAUUGAGUAACCAGGUAUCCACAAUUGUAAGUCUGCUCUCAACACUUUGCAGAGGCUCUCCAGUAGUAACACACGACCUCCUGAGGUCAGAGCUUCCAGAUUCAAUUGAGAGUGCAUUGCAGGGUGACGAAAGAUGUGUGCUUGAUACCAUGCGUUUGGUUGACCUUCUUUUGGUGCUAUUAUUUGAAGGACGAAAGGCUUUGCCAAAGUCUAGUGCUGGAUCUACAGGCAGAAUCCCAGGACUCCGGAGAUUGGAUAGUUCAGGAGAGCGCUCACAUCGGCAGCUUAUAGACUGUAUUCGAAGUAAAGAUACCGAUGCCCUUAUAGAUGCAAUUGACACAGGAGCCUUUGAAGUAAAUUUUAUGGAUGAUGUGGGUCAGACUCUGUUAAAUUGGGCCUCAGCUUUUGGAACUCAGGAAAUGGUAGAAUUUCUUUGUGAAAGAGGUGCUGAUGUUAAUAGAGGUCAAAGAUCAUCAUCAUUACAUUAUGCUGCAUGUUUUGGAAGACCUCAAGUAGCAAAGACUCUAUUACGACAUGGUGCAAACCCAGAUCUGAGAGAUGAAGAUGGGAAAACUCCAUUGGAUAAAGCUCGGGAAAGGGGCCAUAGUGAAGUAGUGGUUAUUCUUCAGUCUCCAGGUGAUUGGAUGUGUCCAGUUAACAAAGGAGAUGAUAAGAAAAAGAAAGAUACAAACAAAGAUGAAGAAGAAUGUAAUGAGCCAAAAGGAGAUCCAGAAAUGGCACCCAUAUACCUGAAAAGGUUAUUGCCAGUGUUUGCACAAACAUUUCAGCAAACUAUGUUACCUUCAAUAAGGAAAGCAAGUCUUGCUCUGAUUCGAAAAAUGAUUCACUUUUGCUCUGAAGCAUUGUUAAAAGAAGUUUGUGAUUCUGAUGUUGGUCACAAUUUGCCUACAAUACUCGUGGAAAUCACUGCAACUGUUCUUGAUCAAGAGGAUGAUGAUGAUGGCCACUUGUUGGCUUUGCAGAUCAUUAGGGAUUUAGUAGAUAAAGGUGGUGAUAUUUUUUUGGAUCAGCUAGCCAGACUUGGUGUAAUUAGCAAAGUGUCAACUUUGGCAGGACCUUCCUCAGAUGAUGAGAAUGAAGAGGAAUCAAAACCAGAAAAAGAAGAUGAACCACAGGAAGAUGCUAAAGAAUUACAGCAAGGUAAACCAUAUCAUUGGAGAGACUGGUCAAUCAUUAGGGGAAGAGACUGCUUGUAUAUAUGGAGUGAUGCAGCAGCCUUGGAAUUGUCUAAUGGCAGUAAUGGAUGGUUCAGAUUUAUCUUGGAUGGAAAACUUGCUACUAUGUAUUCAAGUGGUAGUCCUGAAGGUGGAUCGGAUAGUUCAGAAAGCAGAAGUGAAUUCUUAGAGAAGUUACAAAGAGCUCGAGGCCAAGUAAAGCCAUCUACUUCAAGUCAACCUAUACUCUCAACACCAGGACCCACUAAACUCACUGUAGGGAAUUGGUCACUAACAUGUUUGAAAGAAGGAGAAAUUGCUAUUCAUAACUCAGAUGGGCAGCAAGCAACAAUAUUGAAAGAAGAUUUACCUGGUUUUGUUUUUGAAUCUAAUAGAGGAACCAAACAUUCAUUUACUGCAGAAACUUCUCUGGGUUCAGAAUUUGUGACUGGCUGGACUGGCAAAAGAGGCAGAAAACUGAAGUCUAAAUUAGAAAAAACAAAACAAAAGGUACGAACUAUGGCUCGAGAUUUAUAUGAUGACCACUUUAAAGCUGUUGAAAGCAUGCCUCGUGGAGUAGUGGUAACACUCAGAAACAUAGCAACUCAAUUAGAGUCAUCUUGGGAACUUCAUACAAAUAGACAAUGUAUUGAGAGUGAGAACACAUGGAGAGAUUUAAUGAAGACAGCUUUAGAAAAUCUAAUAGUACUUUUGAAGGAUGAAAACACCAUUUCACCAUAUGAAAUGUGCAGUAGUGGCUUGGUGCAAGCACUUCUUACUGUUUUAAACAACAGCAUGGAUUUAGAUGUGAAACAAGAUUGUAGUCAACUGGUAGAAAGAAUAAAUGUUUUCAAAACAGCCUUUAGUGAAAAUGAAGAUGAUGAAAGUCGACCAGCAGUUGCAUUAAUUCGAAAAUUAAUAGCUGUACUAGAAUCUAUUGAACGUCUACCUCUCCAUUUGUAUGAUACUCCAGGAUCUACAUACAACCUCCAGAUACUUACAAGAAGAUUAAGGUUUCGGUUGGAACGUGCACCUGGUGAAACUGCAUUGAUAGAUAGGACUGGCAGGAUGUUGAAGAUGGAACCCUUAGCUACAGUUGAAUCUUUGGAACAGUACCUCUUAAAAAUGGUAGCAAAACAGUGGUAUGAUUUUGACCGAUCUUCAUUUAUUUUUGUUCGAAAAUUAAGAGAAGGGCAAAAUUUUGUAUUUCGGCAUCAGCAUGAUUUUGAUGAAAAUGGAAUUAUUUACUGGAUUGGGACAAAUGCCAAAACUGCAUAUGAAUGGGUAAAUCCAGCUGCUUAUGGACUUGUAGUAGUAACCUCAUCAGAAGGAAGAAAUCUACCUUAUGGCCGCUUAGAAGACAUACUAAGUCGUGAUAAUUCAGCUUUAAAUUGUCAUAGCAAUGAUGAUAAGAAUGCAUGGUUUGCCAUAGAUCUGGGUCUCUGGGUGAUACCAUCAGCAUAUACACUUCGUCAUGCUCGUGGAUAUGGAAGGUCUGCACUGAGAAAUUGGGUUUUCCAGGUAUCCAAAGAUGGACAGAACUGGACCUCUUUGUAUACCCAUGUUGAUGACUGCAGUCUCAAUGAACCAGGGUCAACAGCAACAUGGCCUCUUGAUCCACCAAAGGAUGAGAAACAAGGUUGGCGACAUGUGAGAAUUAAACAGAUGGGAAAGAAUGCUAGUGGUCAAACUCACUACCUCUCACUGUCUGGAUUUGAACUUUAUGGCACUGUAAAUGGAGUAUGUGAAGAUCAACUAGGAAAAGCAGCUAAGGAAGCAGAAGCUAAUCUUAGAAGACAAAGGCGUCUAGUACGCUCCCAGGUUCUGAAAUACAUGGUUCCAGGGGCUCGUGUGAUCAGAGGCCUUGAUUGGAAAUGGCGAGAUCAGGAUGGCAGCCCACAGGGAGAAGGCACCGUCACUGGAGAACUGCAUAAUGGCUGGAUUGAUGUCACCUGGGAUGCUGGUGGCUCAAACUCUUACCGUAUGGGCGCAGAAGGAAAAUUUGACCUCAAGCUUGCACCAGGGUACGACCCUGAUACAGUGGCAUCACCCAAACCUGUUUCAUCCACUGUUUCAGGCACAACGCAAUCAUGGAGCAGCUUGGUGAAAAACAACUGUCCAGACAAGACAUCUGCUGCUGCAGGCUCCUCAAGUAGAAAAGGAAGCAGCAGUUCUGUGUGUAGCGUGGCCAGUAGCAGCGACAUCAGCUUGGGUUCGACCAAAACGGAACGGAGAUCAGAAAUUGUAAUGGAACACAGUAUAGUUUCAGGAGCUGAUGUCCAUGAACCAAUUGUUGUUCUUUCAUCUGCUGAAAACAUCCCUCAAACAGAAGUAGGGUCAUCAUCCAGUGCCAGCACCAGUACCUUAACAGCGGAAACGGGAAGUGAAAAUGCUGAAAGAAAGUUAGGCCCUGAUAGUUCUGUUCGUACUCCUGGGGAAUCUAGUGCAAUAUCCAUGGGAAUUGUUAGUGUCAGUUCUCCUGAUGUUAGUUCAGUAUCUGAGUUAACUAAUAAAGAAGCAGCUUCACAACGACCCCUUAGCUCCUCAGCAAGUAACAGACUGUCAGUGAGUUCUUUGUUGGCUGCUGGGGCCCCUAUGAGCUCUAGUGCAAGUGUACCUAACCUGUCCUCAAGAGAAACAUCUAGCUUGGAGAGUUUUGUAAGGAGAGUGGCAAACAUAGCACGGACUAAUGCCACGAACAACAUGAAUCUAAGCCGAAGCAGCAGUGAUAACAACACUAAUACUUUGGGGAGGAAUGUGAUGAGCACAGCAACUUCUCCUCUUAUGGGUGCUCAGAGUUUUCCUAAUUUGACCACACCUGGUACUACAUCAACAGUGACUAUGUCAACAUCCAGUGUUACGAGCAGCAGCAAUGUAGCUACAGCAACAACAGUUUUAUCAGUUGGGCAGUCAUUAAGUAAUACUUUAACCACCAGCCUCACAUCAACCUCCAGUGAGAGUGACACAGGUCAGGAAGCAGAGUAUUCCUUAUAUGAUUUUCUUGAUAGCUGCCGUGCCAGUACCCUGUUAGCUGAGCUAGAUGAUGAUGAGGACUUGCCUGAGCCAGAUGAGGAAGAUGAUGAAAAUGAAGAUGACAAUCAGGAGGACCAGGAAUACGAGGAGGUUAUGAUUCUGAGACGUCCAUCCCUGCAGCGACGAGCCGGCUCUCGCUCUGAUGUAACGCACCAUGCUGUCACUUCACAGCUACCACAGGUUCCUGCUGGAGGUGGGAGCCGACCUAUUGGGGAGCAGGAAGAAGAAGAGUAUGAAACUAAAGGAGGACGCCGGAGGACAUGGGAUGAUGAUUAUGUGCUGAAGCGGCAGUUUUCUGCUUUGGUUCCUGCUUUUGAUCCUAGACCGGGUCGUACUAAUGUCCAACAGACAACUGAUCUAGAAAUUCCACCUCCAGGAACACCUCAUUCAGAACUCUUGGAAGAAGUAGAAUGUACUCCAUCACCUCGAUUAGCCCUCACUUUGAAAGUAACAGGUCUUGGAACAACUCGAGAGGUUGAAUUACCCCUCACCAAUUUUAGAUCAACCAUCUUUUACUAUGUACAAAAAUUGCUUCAAUUAUCCUGUAAUGGCAAUGUGAAAUCAGAUAAACUUAGACGUAUUUGGGAGCCAACAUACACAAUCAUGUACAGAGAAAUGAAGGAUUCUGACAAGGAAAAGGAAAAUGAAAAAAUGGGUUGUUGGUCUAUAGAGCAUGUGGAACAGUACCUUGGCACUGAUGAAUUACCAAAGAAUGACUUGAUAACCUACCUGCAGAAGAAUGCAGAUGCUGCUUUCCUGCGCCACUGGAAAUUAACUGGCACUAAUAAAAGUAUUAGGAAAAACAGAAAUUGUUCUCAGCUCAUAGCUGCAUAUAAGGAUUUUUGUGAGCAUGGAACAAAGUCUGGCUUAAACCAGGGGGCCAUUUCUACUCUUCAAAGUAGUGAUAUUCUUAAUUUGACAAAAGAACAACCUCAGGCCAAAGCUGGGAAUGGACAGAACUCUUGUGGAGUAGAAGAUGUCCUUCAGCUGCUGCGUAUUCUGUAUAUAGUUGCAAGUGACCCUUAUUCAAGAAUAUCCCAAGAAGAAGGUGAUGAGCAGCCUCAGUUUACUUUCCCACCAGAUGAAUUCACUAGCAAAAAAAUCACAACAAAAAUUUUGCAGCAGAUUGAGGAACCAUUGGCAUUGGCAAGUGGGGCUCUGCCAGAUUGGUGUGAACAAUUAACCAGCAAGUGUCCUUUUCUAAUACCAUUUGACACUAGACAACUUUAUUUUACCUGUACUGCAUUUGGUGCAUCAAGAGCAAUAGUGUGGUUACAAAACCGACGUGAAGCCACUGUGGAAAGAACAAGGACCACAAGUAGUGUAAGGCGAGAUGAUCCUGGAGAGUUUCGAGUUGGUCGUCUCAAGCAUGAGAGAGUAAAAGUUCCACGUGGUGAAUCGCUGAUGGAAUGGGCUGAGAACGUUAUGCAAAUACAUGCAGACCGGAAAUCAGUUCUUGAGGUUGAAUUUUUAGGAGAGGAAGGAACUGGCUUGGGACCCACAUUAGAGUUUUAUGCUCUGGUGGCAGCAGAAUUCCAGAGAACUGACUUGGGAACUUGGCUCUGUGAUGAUAACUUUCCAGAUGAUGAAUCUCGCCAGGUUGAUCUUGGAGGUGGGUUGAAACCUCCUGGAUACUAUGUGCAGAGAUCAUGUGGACUGUUCACGGCACCAUUUCCACAAGAUAGUGAUGAACUUGAAAGGAUCACAAAACUCUUUCAUUUCCUUGGAAUUUUCUUGGCCAAAUGCAUUCAAGACAACAGACUUGUGGACUUACCUAUUUCCAAACCUUUCUUUAAACUUAUGUGUAUGGGUGACAUUAAAAGCAAUAUCAGUAAACUCAUUUAUGAGUCACGAGGUGAUCGAGACUUACAUUGUACUGAGAGUCAGUCUGAAGCUUCUACAGAAGAAGGUCAUGAUUCCCUCUCUGUAGGAAGCUUUGAAGAGGAUUCAAAAUCAGAGUUUAUUCUGGAUCCUCCCAAACCCAAACCUCCAGCUUGGUUUAAUGGAAUUUUAACUUGGGAAGACUUUGAACUCGUUAACCCACACAGAGCCAGAUUUUUAAAAGAAAUUAAAGACCUUGCUAUCAAGAGGCGCCAGAUUUUAAGCAACAAAGCUCUUUCAGAAGAUGAGAAGAACACAAAAUUACAGGAAUUAGUGCUGAAAAAUCCAUCAGGAUCUGGGCCUCCACUUAGUAUAGAGGAUUUAGGUUUAAAUUUCCAGUUUUGCCCUUCCUCAAGAAUAUAUGGUUUUACAGCUGUGGAUCUCAAGCCAAGUGGUGAAGAUGAGAUGAUAACAAUGGAUAAUGCAGAAGAAUAUGUAGAUUUGAUGUUUGACUUUUGUAUGCAUACGGGUAUUCAGAAGCAGAUGGAAGCCUUUAGAGAUGGAUUUAAUAAAGUUUUUCCAAUGGAGAAAUUAAGUUCCUUCAGCCAUGAAGAAGUCCAAAUGAUUCUUUGUGGAAACCAGUCACCAUCCUGGGCAGCAGAGGAUAUUAUCAAUUAUACUGAGCCUAAGUUGGGUUAUACACGUGAUAGCCCUGGUUUCCUAAGGUUUGUGAGGGUUUUAUGUGGCAUGUCUUCAGAUGAAAGGAAAGCAUUCCUGGCUAACCUGCAUCCCAGACUCACGGUCGUACGCAAGGUUGAUGCUACUGAUGCAAGCUAUCCAUCAGUGAAUACAUGUGUGCAUUAUCUAAAGUUGCCGGAAUAUUCUUCGGAAGAAAUCAUGAGAGAGCGCCUUCUAGCUGCUACAAUGGAAAAAGGCUUUCAUCUCAAUUGAGCUUUGAAGUGCAAUGGGAGACAUCAGAGACUUUUAAAAUACUAGUGAAGCCUCUUGUGUUUGUGUGAAGAGAAGUAUAUGAUCCUCCACGCUAAUGACACUUGCCUUUUUUUCCACCGUUAAGGCUUUAAAAACGUGGAAUAAGUUUGUUAGCUGCUAAUGACAAAACAAAUCCUUUAACUACCCAGCCAGCAAGUACAUAGCACAGAACACUGUGUUGCUGCAAGGGCUUAUGUGACUGGAAUAAGGUGGUCCUACUUGACUGUUCCAAAGAGCAGCUUCUGAGAUCUUCAGUGUUCACUGGUAAAUUUCUAACAGUGUAUUUGUGUAAAGUUUGUCAUUUCGUACUUCAAACACUACAGUUGCCAUCACUGAUCCCUGUUUUGCUGGCUUUUAAGCUACUUGGUCAAAAAUCCUGCUACCUUAAAACAGAGAGUUAAUGAGCACUCAAGCUUUUUUUUCUCUCCCCAUUUUAAUGAUGCCUGCACUAUCAGAGUAUUCUAGUGUUUUCUCUUCGUUUGGCAUAUAAUCAUGCACAACCUUUUAUUUCUUUGAGGUGGGAGUAUAUUUUUAUUUCCUAUAUGCCAUACUAUGAAGAUCAAAUUCUUAAGUGUGUCUGUGAGUUCAAAAAUGAAGAUAUAUCAAGGGGAAAAAAUUUAGAAAACACUGGUCUAGAUGCCAGGCACACGUAAAGUGAAUUUUACUUUUGGUUGUAUUUUCUUUGUAUAUUAUAAACAUUUAUUUAACUUGUUGGAGUUUGAAGUAAAAAAUUCCCAAAAUGUAUGCUCAAUAAUAAUCAUUAAAAUGUUUGCAGCAUAUA